AUGGACUUCGACCUGGCCGGAUUGGCGGGCGACUCCGCUAGCGGUGGUGAUAGUCGCGCCAACUACCCCCUUCUCUUCGCGGAGGAGUACAACCCAAAUGCACCGCUGGGCAGCCGCUUCAGGAGGAUGGCUACAACUCUCAUUGCCCGAAUGUACCACUCAACCGCCGGAUUAACCACCAACGGUACCGUUAUCGUGGCCGGCUGCGACCGCUGCUACAGAUACGAUGUGCAAUCGGGUUACGAUUUCGAACCAUCGGCCACGAAGGCCGACUACCGCGUCGAGAUCUACUCACCGCCGUACUUCUUCAUGGACGAACUAAAGCCCCUGAUCGUCACCACCUCCAGCACCAGCAUGGCGUACCAGGGUCUCUUCACCAUCACUUACACCUUCCCGGCGGGCUGGGGAAACAACGCGCUCACGCGUGUCGUACUCGUGGCGCCCAGCAGUACGACACACUCGUACAACACGCACCAACGGCUUCUGGGUUUGGAAAUUGUGAGCAAUUCAGUUGGAGAUGUCAACGGUGUCGCCAUCGUCCGCGGCCCACCCAACAUCAACAUCGCGCCGCCGGGCAUGUACAUGCUCUUCCUGCUCAACGGUGACGUGUACUCCAGGGCUGUGUGGGUGACACUCAUACGACCGCGACCGGGGGAGCCAGGCUACAUGACCUAA